UUCUGGUACAAGUUAACCCGGGGGAAGCAUUUACAAUAAGAAGAGAAGAUGGACAGUUUCAGUGCAUUACAGGUCCUGCUCAGGUUCCAAUGAUGUCCCCAAAUGGUUCUGUGCCUCCUAUUUAUGUGCCUCCUGGAUACGCCCCACAGGUUAUUGAAGACAAUGGUGUUCGAAGAGUAGUUGUGGUUCCUCAGGCACCAGAGUUUCACCCUGGCGGUCACACGGUCAUCCACCGUUCUCCACACCCUCCCCUGCCUGGUUUCAUUCCUGUCCCAACCAUGAUGCCCCCUCCACCACGUCAUAUGUACUCACCAGUAACUGGAGCUGGAGAUAUGGCAACACAGUAUAUGCCACAGUAUCAGUCUUCACAAGUAUAUGGAGAUAUAGAUGCUCACUCUACACAUGGAAGGUCCAACUUUAGAGACGAAAGAUCUAGUAAAACCUAUGAACGUUUGCAGAAAAAAUUAAAGGAUCGCCAAGGAACACAGAAAGAUAAAAUGAGCAGUCCACCAUCUUCACCCCAGAAAUGCCCUUCUCCUAUAAAUGAACAUAAUGGACUUAUAAAAGGGCAGAAUGCUAGUGGUAUAAACACAGGAUCAGCAAAAAAAUCAGGGAAAGGGAAAGGUGGUGCACAAAUUGAUACGGAAAUUGAAGAAAAAGAUGAAGAAACUAAAGCAUUGGAAGCACUUCUUUCCAACAUUGUCAAACCAGUGGCAUCAGAUAUCCAGGCAAGAAUAGUAGUACUUACCUGGUCCCCACCUUCCAGCUUCGUUAAUGGUGAAACAGAUGAGACUACCAUACCAGAGAUCUAUGGUUAUGAAGUUCUGGUCUCAAGUACCGGAAAAGAUGGGAAGUACAGAAGUGUAUACGUAGGAGAAGAAACAAGUGUCACUUUAAAUGAUCUCAAGCCAGCCACGGAUUACCAUGCAAAUGGUUUUAGUGAAGAAGUCUUGUAUUACACCUCAGGUUGUGCCCCUUCUACACCAGCAAGUCCUGUAUUAACUAAGGCUGGAGUUACUUGGUUGUCCUUACAAUGGAGUAAACCCUCAGGAACACCAUCAGAUGAAGGAAUUUCUUACAUUUUAGAGAUGGAGGAAGAAACUUCAACAUCUAAUGAAGACUUUGUUUUGCAGGGAUAUGGUUUUAAGCCUAAAUAUGAUGGAGAAGAUCUUGCUUACACAGUGAAAAAUCUCAGACGUAGUACUAAGUAUAAAUUUAAGGGAAAAGGAAAUGGAGAAUUUUAUCAGUGUUAUAUGGGCUCACAGAAACAAUUUAAAAUUACAAAACUGUCACCAGCAAUGGGUUGUAAAUUUAGACUAUCGGCCAAAAAUGACUAUGGUACAAGUACAGUUUUAAAUUAUUGGGUGCAAUGUUUGUGUUUUGUAUUAUUUUUCUUUACUAAAAGCAAUCUGAUUAUUUGGUUUCGGGGCAUUUUUGUUUUGCUUUUGCUUUUGUUUUGGCAGGUCUCUGAAUCUUUGCUUGUGCAGACUCCAGCUGUGCCUCCUGGCCCAUGCCUCCCUCCCAGAUUACAGGGUAGACCCAGAGCAAAAGAAAUACAGUUACGAUGGGUACCCCCUCUGGCUGAUGGUGGAUCACCCAUUUCCUGUUACGGUGUGGAAAUGUCUCCUGCAGAAAAAGAUGAACCCAGAGACGUUUACCAAGGUACUGAAGUAGAAUGUACAGUGAGCAACCUUCUUCCUGGAAAGACGUACAGCUUCAGACUGCGUGCAGCUAACAAAAUGGGGUUUGGACCAUUUUCAGAAAAAUAUGAUGUUACUACAGCCCCUGGGCCACCAGAUCAGUGCAAACCCCCUCAAGUGACAUGCAGAUCUGCAACUUGGGCACACGUGAAUUGGGAGGUUCCUUUGAGUAAUGGAACAGACGUCACUGAGUAUCGAUUAGAGUGGGGAGGAGUUGAAGGAAGUAUGCAGAUAUGUUACUGUGGGCCUGGUCUCAGUUAUGAAUUAAAAGGACUUUCACCAGCAACUACCUAUUAUUGCAGAGUCCAGGCUCUGAGUGUUGUGGGUGCAGGCCCUUUCAGUGAAGUGGUAGCCUGUGUGACUCCACCAUCAGUUCCUGCUAUUGUGACUUGUCUUCAAGAAAUAAGUGGUGAUGAUAUAGAAAAUCCCUAUUAUUCACCUUCUACAUGCCUUGCAGUAAGCUGGGAAAAGCCUUGUGACCAUGGUUCAGAAAUCCUUGCCUACAGCAUAGACUUUGGAGAUAAACAGCCCUUGACGGUGGGAAAGGUCACAAGCUAUAUUAUAGACAAUUUGCAACCAGAUACAACAUACAGAAUACGAAUUCAAGCCUUGAAUAGCCUUGGAGCUGGUCCUUUCAGCCAUAUGAUAAAAUUAAAAACUAAGCCUUUCCCUCCUGAUCCACCUCGUCUGGAAUGUGUUGCCUUUAGCCACCAGAACCUUAAGCUGAAAUGGGGAGAAGGAACCCCAAAGACAUUGUCAACAGAUUCUAUUCAGUACCACCUUCAGAUGGAGGAUAAAAAUGGAAGGUUUGUAUCCUUAUACAGAGGACCAUGCCAUACAUACAAAGUACAAAGACUUAAUGAGUCAACAUCCUAUAAAUUCUGUAUUCAAGCUUGUAAUGAAGCCGGGGAGGGUCCCCUCUCCCAAGAAUAUAUUUUCACUACUCCAAAAUCUGUCCCAGCUGCCUUGAAAGCCCCCAAAAUAGAGAAAGUAAAUGAUCACAUUUGUGAAAUUACAUGGGAAUGUUUACAGCCAAUGAAAGGUGAUCCAGUUAUUUACAGUCUUCAGGUUAUGGUGGGAAAAGAUUCAGAAUUCAAACAGAUUUACAAAGGUCCCGACUCUUCAUUCCGGUAUUCCAGCCUUCAGCUGAACUGUGAAUAUCGCUUCCGUGUGUGUGCCAUUCGCCAGUGCCAAGACCCUGUGGGGCACCAGGACCCAGUAGGGCCCUACAGCACCACAGUGCUCUUCAUCUCUCAGAGGACUGAGCCACAAGCCAGCACCAACAAAGACACUGUGGACAGCACAAGGACCCGGCGGGCACUUAGUGAUGAGCAGUGUGCUGCCGUCAUCCUUGUGCUGUUCGCUUUCUUUUCCAUUUUCAUUGCCUUUAUCAUUCAGUACUUCGUAAUCAAUACAAUUGAAAUAUAAUUUUAUUUUUUAAUGCUGUAUUACAUUUUAUUUUGUCAUGUACUAAAAUUAUUUCUGUAUUGCUUUUACAAAAACAGUGGCAUUUAGCACCGGCAUUGAGACUAUAGCACAUCAUUUUUGCCAUUUUCAGUGCUUAUAUCGUUAGGUAGAGGCUGGCACUUUAUUAGAAUGCAAGCCACAGAAGUAUCAAAGUUUGAUUUUUUUGUUUGGUUAGGGCUUUUUUUCUUUCCCCCUUUUUUUUUUUAAUAUGCCUUCUUGUAGAACAGACUUUCUAAGAGGCAACAAUUUAUAAUUGAUAUUUUGACCAGUCAGCAUGAGUGUAACAGUAAUAACCUGAUCUGUUUUAAAGAUUAUUAGCAAGUGAAAAAUUCAGAAUGACUAGAAUUUACACUAGCAUACUAUAUAAAAAUGUUAAAGUCUGAUGCUGUGAAAGCAAUCUAGUGCUAUAUUUCUACCUCCUCAUUUGUCUUAAUUAUUUGGUAAGUGGGAUUAUGAUGAGUAACUGGAGGGGCUUAACAAACAAAAACUGGAUGAAAGAAUAUGCAUGGAAAACUUCUUGUUUGAUAAAUGUGGAGUUCUUCAUUACAAGUAUAUAUUCAUGACUUCACAGAUAAGUCACUUAAAGAAAGCACAGGCAGUUUACUUGGCCUAAAAAUACUUUAAUGUUUACUCAAAAAGUACCUCUUUAGGUCUUGAGAACAUGGAAAAGAACAGAGGGCUUUUAGAUAGUUACUUUUUAAAAAGUAAUCAUAAAAAUCAACUGAAUUUCAAGCCUAUUUGGCCCCUGUUUUGUGAGCCUUUAAACUAUAUGUAUGUGUAUAAGUGCAUUUACGUACAUACUUGGCAUAUAUAUAAACUAUACAAUACCAAGGGUAGAAAUAUGUAUCACAUACAUACGCUCACUCCAUCUAUCUGGUAUAGGCUAAUUCUGAAGAACUCCCACAAGUUUUUGCUGCUUCUCCCAUAACUACUGCCAUCACCAUCCGAGUUCAUAAUCAAACCUAACCUUUUUGUUUAGGGCACCAAAUCUGAAGACAAAAUUAAUUUGCACCAGUAAACUUCAAGCUGCUUUCUUUCUUGAAAAACUAAUGUUUAAUGUAUAAUGUCUGUUUGGAUACUGUUCCAAAUUGUUGAUUGCAUGUGGUUAAUGUUGUAUUAGAGCACUUUGCAAUUGCAUAAUCAUUAAUGUUUUGUGAGCUUGCAUUUGUGAGUUAUUGGAUGAUCAGACUGAAUCUUGUCAAGUAUCACAAUGUACAUCUUGCUUAGAUGUCAGUGACUGCCAGUAAUAAUAGUUUGUAAUGAAACUAUCUAAAAUUCUUGUUUUAUCACAUCUGUUAUCUGUAAAACACCUGUAAUUAGCUUUUUUUAUUUAUUAUUUGAUUUUUAGGAUAGUGAAUCACUAAUUUUUAGUUGCUGAGAUUAGCAUUUUAGUGAUUACUAAGCACUCUGUCAAUCUUUGAAAAAAGGAACGUAUGUUUUGUGCUUUGAAGAUCUCUGAAGAAUUUCCCUUAUAAUAGAAUGGGCAUGUAUUGUAAUUGUUUUAUGUCAAAUGAUCUGUGCUAUAGAAAAAACAUUAACCUUUGUUCAAAAAAGAAAUGGAUAAACUUGGCCUUUCUGAGUGGUAAGAAUGACCUGUCACUAUAAUAUACUGUAUGUUUACAUUUUAUUUAACUCUGAUCCCUUAUGUAUAGGGUAAUGACCCUCCCCCAAAACAACAGUGAUUGCGUUUGUUUUCUAGAAACUUCUUUAAAGUGCCACAUUUGGCAGUACAAAUGAGUUUGAGUGUAAUAGCCCAGAGAUUUCUAUAUAGUCGAAUGUCUAAAAUGGUAAAAUGUGCCACUGUAACAAGUUACAGUGGCUUAUGUUUUUCAUAGUAAUUAAAAUGAACCUCCUAUUUUUGAUAGUAAAUGUCAUUUAAUAGUGUACUUGCCAUUUGAGCCUCACUGCAAAAUUAGUGCAGAGGAGAAAACAAUUUUUAAUGUAAUCUUGAUUUUACCUCAUAUACUGUACAUUCCAAAAACUCUAAACUUUUUAAAGAUUAUAGAUACACUACCAAACAUAUCACCUUGAAAUUGUAUAAGGUUGAACUUCAUACAAAUGAAAAAAUAUCUCAUAGAACACAUAAACUAUGUAGCAAAAGUAUCUUUAAAAUCCAUGGAAAAUAAAAGUUGUAUCAUUUUUUUGAGAU